UAGGGCCUUCCCGGCCCGGCCCGGAUCCCGUGGCGGCGGUGCGGGGCCCGGGCGGAGGGUGCAGCAGCCGGACCGCUCCCCGGCGGCGCUUUUCCGGUGCCGCGGCUCCAUGGACGCCAACCUGCGGUUCUGGAGGGCGGAGGGGCAGUCUUUUUUCCAGAGGUUUCUUCUCUGGGCGGACGUCCUCGAUCCCCUGCUGCUCCUGAAAUCCUCCGGUGAAAUAAGAGCCACCAGGUUAUUAGUACAAGACAGCGGAAAGGCACUAAGUGAGCCCAUACAGAAUGAUCAGACAAAACGAGCCUUCCUGCUAAGCCUGUCCAGUGUACAUCCUGAUACAGACAAGAUAAUUCCUGCUGUGUUCAGACCUCCAGCCUUCCUGCCCAUAUCUCUUCCAUUGGUUAUUGCUUCGUCGUUUCAGCUCCAGGCAAAGCAAACUUUUUUUUGCCAGUUCGUGCUUCACGCUUAUACCACAGGAUUCACUCUGUUAAAUGGAAAUGGUACCACAAAGGCUGAAGAGUAUUCAGUUCAACAAAAGCAGAUCUUCUAUGGAUUGGGAGCCAUUUCCUAUGCAGCAUGUAUUGGUGCUCUUCCUCUUGUCUUCAUGAAUCGAUACACACUGAAGAGUUUGUUUACACAAUUAGUUGUCAAAAAACUUCUACCUGCCCCUCUUCUUGGCUUGACGAGUGCAUUCACUGUGGCUGUGGUGAGAAGCCCAGAAUUUGAGAACGGAAUUGAAGUGAUGGACAGGAAUGGCAAAGUUGUAGGAGUGUCACAGAAAGCUGGUGAGAAGGCUGUUAAAGAAACAGCAUUGUCCAGAGCAGUCUUGUUUGGGACAACGUUCUCCCUGCCAGCUGUGCUGACCUACUUUGUGGAAAGAGCAAAACUGGCAAAAACUCCACGUGCUUUGGCUUUAAUGCGAAUGUUUAUGAUUACGUCAGUACUGGCAGGGAUGCUGCCCGUCUCACUGAGCAUGUUCCCGCAGUGUGGGGAGAUAAAGCGAGCAGACCUCGAACCAGAAAUUCAGUCCUCUACAGAAGAAACGGAGCUGUUCUACAACAGGGGAAUUUAGAGAUUGGCUUUAAUAUAUAAAAGCGUGCUCGGGUUGAAGUGAAUUCUGAAUGCGUCGACAAAUCCAAUGACUGACCAAAUCAGGAGUUCAGGGUGGUGGAUGUGCCAGGCCUGGUGUGGUCUGGAAAGACUUUGCAAAGCAAUUUUGCAGGCCCCAGCUCCCAGGCAGAUCCGUGCCUGUAACUUACUGCUGCCAGUGAUAGUUGUACCAGAAAGCUCUGUAACACAGUG